AUGGAUGACGAGUCGAGCCAGCCAGGCUCACCAGUCGGCAGGCCCCUCCAGGCUAUCAACGCCAACGCGCAACAACGCGAUUCCCUCAGCACCGUCCACGACAAGAUCAGCCAGUUCAACAGUAUGAGCAUUGCGAUGCAGUCCAAACAGCUCGAGCGCAAGACAGCCGACGCAGCCCUGAAACGCGCCAUGAUCGGGCGCGAGGAGGCCGAGGUGGAGUUGCGCAAGUGCAAGGAGGAGCUGAAAGCAUUGCGCAAGGCUGUCGACGAGGGCAAAGAGCGCGAGCGUAGGGUCGGUGAGAGACUGGAGACUGUCAUGGAGAACUAUGGCCGAGCGAAGGAGACACACGCACACACACAAGCUCUCUGGGAGAAGGAGAUCCGACGCGCAAGGAAAGAGACGUUCAAGACCCAAUCUACGCACGUCAAGUUACAGGAGGAGCUCAAGACAGCUCGCAGCGCGACCAAGACCCUCGAAGAGACCGUCGAGCGCGAGAAGAAGCGAAGCCACAUGCGGGAGCAAGAUGCUUUCGAAGCGCGCUACCAAAUGGUGGGCGUCCAGGAGAAGCUCGAGCAAGCCCUCGCGCUGAUCAAAGUCGUUGAGCAAGAGCGUGACGCCUACAAGACUGCAGCUAAGAAUGAGGAAGUCGCGCGCAUCGCAGCCGAAGGCCGCAUCCCCCUACCUGUGUCGCACGAUCCGCUAGACGAAUUCGCAUCACCAGCAAAGAAGACACAAAUGAAGAAGAGGAAGCUCAGCGUCGAGCCACGGUACUCACUGUCAACAUGGGAGGUCGAAGCCACAUCGGCUGCCGAGUUGGAAAUCGAGGACCUGACGAGUCAGAUCCAAUGGGAGAGGCAGCGCGCGGACCGAGCGCAGGAGAUGAUUGAUUUCCUGCGAGCGGAGUGCGAGAUGAAGUUCUGUGCCUGCGGCAGAGCACGAGCGCAGAUCAGCCGGGACUCGUCUGCAUAUCAACUUUUGAAGGCCUCUGAACGCCACAGCGAGCCAGCAGAGGAGGCUAUGUCUGAGGACACGGAGGAGCAGCUCUCCGACCACCCAGACGAAGCCCCGAGUGAGCACAUGCUAGAAGCAGAAGACGAUGCGACGGAGCGACCUCUACAAAUUAUGCAACAAGAAUUCUCGAGCGACAACAUCCCGAUGCCACCGCUUACACCCAGCCCAUCACGACCCGCCGCACUUCAGCCUUCUCCCGAGCUAGCCCCCGUAACGUCCAAGAAGGGCCCACGCCUGAGCACAGUCUUCUGCCCUAGCGAAGGGGUGUUUCGAACUGUCUCGGAGCAGGACGCCAGUCUGCUUGAAGCACAGGAAGAGGCGCAAGUCAUCGUCCAAGAUGCGGAUCCUCAAAAGGCAGAUCCAUCGCCCUACGAGCAUGAGGAGGAAGAGACGGAGGAGUUGCCCACGCCUGUCGAGCCCGAAACCGAAUUGGACUAUACGUCGUCAGCCCGCCUGUACGCACGCACCCCAUCCGUUGAGCCCCCGUCGUUCGCCAUGCUGGGUCAGCAGCGCACCUCGUUGCUCUCAUUGCUUAACGCUCCACAUGGGGGCGCCCGGGGCCAAACAAUGCCACAUGUCCCAAUGGUGGAAGAUCCCGCUGAGGCGGCAGAAUGCCAGGACGAGGAGCAGCCAGAUGAGGGAGUGCGCGAACCAGACUUCGAGCCGCCGCCUCGUGCGUCGCUUGAAACACGGCCGCAUACUUCAACAGCCCUUUAUGGGACUGUCACAACGACUGUCCCUCUCCGAAAUGAGGACGAACAGCGCGAGUCGUCCGUGUCCUUCAACGAGAAACUGCGCACGCCCUCCAGCGGCAGCACAGCCAGUUUCGACACAACAAACCCGGCGCUCACGCCCACGAUGUCCCGCGAGCAAGCGCUCGCCAAGAUCCGCGAGAGGCGAGGUCGUGCCCGCAGUGCUCAGAACGGAUCAGCCCCGGCUAGCAGGAAUGCCAGCCAGGGGAAGGAUAAGAGGGAUUUGAGCGCACCUACAAACAAGGUUGCUAGCAAAUCGAGAUGA